GCCCAUCGACCAACUCGACGGACAGCGCAUCCGCAGAGCCCCCGUAGAUUCUCUCCAUCUCCAUCUCCCCUCGCCCUCGUCCGACGCCAUGGUCCGCCCCCGAGCUCGCAGAAAGACCCGCAACCCCGGCACCAAGACCACCCGCAAGCAAAAGAACCGAUACGACAUCUCGUUUGCCGGCGUGCAUCCGCUCGUCCAGAAGCACUGGGACUCCAAGCUGACGCUGAAGCAAAACUACGAGCGUCUGGGUCUGCUGUCGUCGCUGAACGGCACCACGGGUGGAGCCGAGAUGGUACCGCCUUGCGGGAGCGGCAGCUCCACCGACACCGCCCCGGCUAUCCAGGCUACCGUUGUUGAGGAGGACGACCCAUCGUAUACCCCGCUCGAGGGCCAUUUGACGCUAGACCCUCGCCCGGCAACGAUCGGCACCAUCAUCUCCCGCCGCAACGAUCCCGGCUACGCAGUCGUGACCACGGUUGCGUCCGUCGACUCGGAGAUCCCCAAGGCCACCAAGAAAUUUGGCCACGUCACGGUCCAUCCGAAAGAUAGCCUGGCUGCCCAGCUCAUUGCCGCCUUCGAAAAGGAGGCAGCCAGCGCCGUGCGAUUAGAGCGCAAGACCUCUGAGCAGGAGGGCAAGUUCAUGCUGGACCUUGUUAAGAAGCACGGUGACGACUACGCGGCGAUGGCUCGGGAUAUGAAGCUCAACCCCUAUCAGCUCACCGAGGGCCAGUUGCGAAAACGCUGCGAGCGGGCUCUCAAGUCCCGGAAGUGAUCUUUUGUCGAAGGACUGAUAUGACCCGGACCUGCAGCCGAAGUUUCGGUGGCAUUGAUGGGGGGACAGCGACCAAUCGGAGCCUUUAACGCCUGCUGGGGCCGAUAUCUUCAUCACCUGCAUCAUUCACAACACAGCCAUCAUUGACCACCCAUCAACACCUGCGCCCUGGCGCUGUCCCUCGGAUGCCUGUUUUCCUGCGAAUAUCCUCGGCCCGUACAUCUGCGAUUCCCUCGGCCCUGUGCGUACCGCAAGCACGAUCGACCUGUGCAUCUGCUGGCAGCAGAUCGGAAUGCAACAAGUCGUUGCCAGCAGCCACCAGCUUGCAGCGUUUGUGCCCAGGAUAGAAUAGAGCGCUGCGGAUCAGGACAUUUGUGGUCCCUCUCAUGCCCAAAGCCUGAAUACAGUUCGCUCUCAAAAGCAAACCACCC